CAAGAAAUAUCAAUGCCAUUUUAAACUUUAAAGAUAGCUGUUGCAAUCACUCAGUACCAUUAAACACAAUGAAAACCUUCGUUAUUUUGUUAGUUGUUUGUUCGAUGGCUUCCAUUUUUGGUUCUCCUAUUGAAUUAAACGAAGAACAAAAGGUCAAAGCUAAACAACAUCUUGAAAUAUGUUCCCAAGAAGAAAAGGUAUCCGAGGAGGAUGUCAAGAAAUUUAGCAACAAGGACUUCACAAAUCCCAGCAAGGAAUUCAAAUGUUUAACCACUUGCUUCUUUGAGAAAGCUGGCACUUUAAAGGCUAGUGAAGUUCAACAGGAUGUGGUCCUCGCAAAAUUGGGAGUUCUCAUUGGCGAAGAUAAAGCCAAAGAGAUUUUGGAGAAAUGCAAAGGUAUAAAAGGUGAUGAUCGUUGCGAGACAGGUUUCAAAAUUUUCCAAUGUUUCCAAGAUGCUCAAGAAAAGCAACAUUACGGUGGGGUUGAGGAAUCAGGAGACGACUAUACAGAUGUUGCUGAGCACUUAUCUGAGCUAUCGACCACAUCUCUAAAGUCUGGCGGUUUGCAGGAGACUGUAAAACCCUAUGCCACGAUCGAAACAAGAAAGGAAGGCAUCGAAAUAGGACCGGAUACGCCCUGUGUGGUCAAUGGAGAGGAUCGUCUCAACUUAACUGAAGAUCAAAAAUUGCGCGCCCUUCAGUAUUCCGCCAUCUGUUUGGAACAAGAAAAAAGCACCACACAAGCAGCUGUGGCUCUAAUGAAGGGUCAAUUCAAUGGACUCGAUAAGAAUGCCAAAUGUUUUGUCAAUUGUUUCCUGGAAAAGGCAGGUUUUAUUAAAGAUGGGGCUGUCCAGUCUUCGGUGCUAACGGCCAAAUUGGGUCCCAAUGUCGGUGAGGAUAAACUGAAAGGCAUUAUGUCAAAGUGCAAUAAUCUUAAGGGUAAUGAUAAUUGUGAGACUGCAUUUAUUUUGUAUGAGUGUUACUAUAAAGAACAUGCUGCUGUGUUGUAAGAUAG